GCCUGUGGCGGGCCCGCGUCCCCGCCCGCCCGGCGCGGCACCGCCUCCCCGGCGGCCACGUUGACAGGCCGGGCGUGGGCCGCGUUCGCCGGGCGCUGUCGGGGUGCGGGUACGCGGUGCGGGAGCGGGGCCGCUGACACUGUAAAAAUGUCUUCGCCUCCCAAAGAGAAAGCAGAGACGCGGGCCGGACACCCUCCUGCUGUGAAAGCUGGUGGGAUGCGGAUUGUGCAGAAACACCCACACAAUUCAGAUGCCAAAGAAGAAAAAGAUAAGGAUGACCAAGCCUGGGAAACCAGCAGCCCACCGAAGCCAGCAGUGUUCAUCUCCGGUGUCAUUGCUAGGGGUGAUAAGGACUUCCCUCCAGCUGCAGCUCAGGUGGCUCAUCAGAAGCCACAUCCUUCUGUGGAGAAGCUUCCUCACCCGCAGCACGUCAAACAGCACAUCCACCAGCCUCGCAAGUGAGCUCCUCUCAGGAUUUCUGCCCAGCUGCUCUCUGAGAAUAAGUUUUCAAGAGAAGACAAAAACCCUUUAGCAUUCACCCUGACAAAUCUGUAAAAUUGACAUCUAAAAUAAUAUACUGUUUCUUUUACUUUAAUUCUCAAGGGUUAAUAAGAAUGAAGACAUUGUUCAGUUGUUAUCCCAGAUGGAAAAUUUGGUGUUGAGUAUUUGCUGAUCAGGGGUGCUUUUUUAUAAGAUUUUUCUUAUUGCCAGGAUAAAAGCUUUAGUAUGAAUAAUAUGAUUAAUGAGCUUUGUAUUUUUAGUUGUGGAUUCACAAUAGCAGAUAGAUGAUGUAGUUUUUAUGCUAAGCCAGUAAGGAAGAACUGGCACCUUUACUGUCUGGAGGGAGUUCUUCGGGUGUGUUGAGACAGAAGUCAGCAGUUGUCUUGAUUAUGUAGAACUCUUGCAGCCUUCAGUAUCCUACAGUGUUACACCCCAGUGCCCUCUGGAUUCAACCAGGGAGAUGAUGAAAGGGCCCCCAUACAUUCUUGAGUGGGCAGAGAUCCAGCUGAAUCUUCUCUACUUUGUACUUGCACAAUCUUGCUGAGAUUUUUCUCUCUGGUGGUUUGUGGGUAUGAAGAGGAGAGAGAAAUCAGAAUACAAGAACACUGCUGCUGUAGACAAGUCAUUUGUAAUCUCAUGGAUCUCACUGGGGACUGUAUUUUUGAGUGAUUUCUCAUUCCAAUAACAAGCUGAAGGAGUUCAUAUCCCUCCAAACUGAACUUAUUUUAAGUUGGUGAAAAAUCUGUUCACUUUUUUUAAUUUAGAAUUUGAGGUCACCUUUUGAAAUUAAGAGAUACCAUUAUUAAAUUUGUUUAUGAUCCAAUCUCUUUUGCACAUGGUAUUUUUUCCUAGUCUUAUUCUGAAGACAGUAGUGAUAUGAGGGAGUAAAAUUAUUUCCAAAUAGAGCAAUUGUUUUAUUUUUAUCACAUAAUUAAAUCAUUUGAUUUCCCAGUUCACUCAGCUCUAUCAUUUUACUUUUCUUUUCACCUCUGUAAAAACCAGGAAAAAAAUUUGUGCAUUCUGCCUAUUUUAAAGUGUCCUUCUGUUUUUAACUGACUACAAAUACCAUAUAGCCUUUGGUACCCUCCAGGUUUAUAAAGUUUCUAAUGAUGUCAAAAAAGUGGGAGCUAAUGCUGCAGCCAUUCACCUGGCAAAUCAGUGAAAUUUUAGGGUCACUUAGGGCUUUACCAGUUCAUUUAUGGUUAAAAAACAGUGAGGAAAGUUUAAAAAUUAUUAUUUUUAAAAAAAUUCUGCAGAUUUAAUAAUUAUUUCAUGAGUAGCUGAUUUAAAACAACAGCAACAAAAUAAUGGGAAAUAUGGCCCAUUUCACAGGUGGAAUAACUCACUUCAUGUGGGUUCAGGGGACCUGACAUUUCCAUCUCUUCACAGGUUUGAAAUGGAAAUGAUGCUUUGCAAAUUGUAUGCAUGGACAUUUAUUCUAAACCUAAGGAAGGAUGUACAAUCUAUAUAUGCAGUCCUUAUUUCAAUUUGAUUAGAAACCAUACUUGCCUUAAGGAAUGAGUGUUGUUUGUAAGAAUUAUUCUGUAUUAGAAUAUGUGUAAUUUUCCAAAGCUGCUUUCUGUUUCUGAUGUUGGUGCAGUGAGGCCUUGUUGGCAGCUGCUUAUGAGUGCACAAGUGGCUCACACCUGGGCAACUCAUUCAUAAGGGUGGCAUUGCUGAGCCUCCUGGGGUCUCUGCAGGAGAUGAUUUGCUGGUAGGGAUGUUUGCAGACUCAGGACAGGAGGUGGUUGGUGGUGCAGCUGUAGCUGUCCCUGUGCUGUGUCAGCAAUAGAGCAGAUCAUGACAGUCACUUCUGGUACCUGCUGGCCUGAGGGGGAGCUGGGAGUUUAGGUAUGGCUUCAUGGACCAAAGGGAAGGUCUUUCAGGAUGAGCUGCAUCACUCUUGGCUCCACUGACUGCAGUGGAAAAAAGCCUCAGUGUGGAGGCACACAGUGAGGUGGGGCUGGGUACCUCUGCUCCAUGUCUUGUAAUAGGCAGAAAUGGUUUUGAAAGCCACACUCCAUCUCCAUUCUGACAGUAAAAGUUAGGAGCAUGGAUGCUUUCCAAUUGCAAACUACUGCUCCUGGUUAUUAAUGCAAUAUAUACACCAUAUAUAGAGAAUACCUGAUUUUUGUCUUUGAUUGCUUAGAUAGAUAUGUAAGUUUGUACAAUGAAGUAUGUCUCUUAAGAUGGCUUUAGUGGCUUUUAGAGUACAGAAAUUCAUACAUGAUUAGAAAAUGUCUCUGUAUGAAAGCAUAUUAUAUAUUGCUGGGAGGUAUCCAUGUUUAUACGUAGAUGUCCUUACCAAAGCAUUAUCUUGUCCAAAGUAGUCAUAACUGGUGAACUGGAUUUCUUACUGAUGGUUAUUGAUACUCUUAAAAUAUGUUGCAAUAGCAUAUAAGCACCAGAGAUGUUCAGAUGUUACCUUGAAAUGACUGCAAAAGAAAUUUUCUGUAAUUGUCAAUGUGGCAAUAAUGCAACAAUAAAGCAUGAAGUUGUA